GCGGAAUCAUCUGUCGGGUCGAGGGCAGACAGACGAGCGCGCGCGCGCUGGGUGCCCGGGCUAGACUUCAGUCCCAGACGCACUGUGCAGUGGGAAGCGUGCGGGAGUCUCGCCGGCUUCAGGGAGGGGAGCGGCAGAAACUGUCUCGGAGAAUUGGGUGGGAAAAGGCAAAGAACGAGGAAGCAAAGGAGAGACCUCAAAUCAAACUGCUGUUCAGCCAGAAUCUGAAGGAGACGUGGGUGGGGGCAGUGGAGAGAUCUGAAUCUGUAUUAAGAUACUGUUCCCACGGAGCAAUAUUUGCUGAAGAUUCCUCCUUGAGGUAAUCUGUCUGAGAAAACUUCAAACUCAGCAGACAGUGAGGGACCUGCAAAGGACUCUGUUGAAGAGACCUAUGGUAUAGAAGAGUAAAAGAAAAAAGAUCUUAUACCGGAAGGCUGUUUUACAAGCAGGAAUUAAGUUAAUGCGGCUUAAAAUCAUGCCCCUAAAGAAGAGCUUUUCUGUACACCGAGUUCCUUUGAUUCUCUUCCUAUGCCAGUUGAUGAGUGCCCUGGAAGUCCCUCUUGAUCAACUUGAAAAUUUGGUGCAACCUCCAACUAUCACUCGUCAAUCUCCAAAAGAUUACAUUAUUGACCCCCGAGAGAAUAUUGAAAUCCAAUGUGAGGCAAAAGGAAAACCACCUCCCAGCUUCUCCUGGACACGCAAUGGGACUCAUUUUGACAUAGACAAAGAUCCCCUAGUAAAAAUGCUGCCCAACUCAGGAACCCUUGUAAUCAGCAUUACAAUUGAAGGGAAGGCAGAGACAUAUGAAGGAGUCUAUCAGUGUACUGCAAGGAAUGAACGUGGGGCAGCAAUUUCUAAUAAUAUUAUAAUUCGUCCAUCCAGAUCUCCCUUGUGGACCAAAGAAAAACUGGAACAAAUCACAAUUCUGAAAGGACAGUCUCUCGUACUUCCUUGCAGACCCCCUCUUGGAUUGCCACCACCUAUUAUAUUUUGGAUGGACAAUUCUUUUCAACGCCUUCCGCAAAGUGAAAGGGUUUCCCAAGGUCUAAAUGGAGACCUUUAUUUUUCUAAUGUGCUACCAGAAGACACUCGUGAAGAUUAUGUUUGUUAUGCAAGAUUUAAUCAUACUCAGACCAUCCAGCAGAAGCAACCCAUUUCUGUGAAAGUCCAUUCAAUGGAUGAAUUGAAUGACACUAUAACUGCUAAUUUGAGUGACUCUGAGUUUUACGGUGCCAAGUCCUAUAUUGAGAGGCCACCAAAACUUUUGAGUCCAGAAGGCCGCACAAGUCACAAAGAAGAGUUACGAGAAAAUGUUCUUUCCUUAGAAUGUAUUGCAGAAGGCUUGCCUACUCCCUCUAUUACCUGGACAAAAGAAGAUGGAGAGCUACCUAUCAAUCGGACAUCUUACACAAACUUUAGGAAAACUUUGAAUAUUAAUCUUGUUUCAGAGGCAGAUUCUGGAAAAUACAAAUGUACAGCAAGAAAUCCUUUAGGCUUUGUUGAACAUACCAUUUCAGUCACAGUCAAAGCGGCCCCAUACUGGAUCACAGCACCUAAAAACCUUGUGCUGUCCCCUGGGGAAGAUGGGACUUUGAUCUGCAGAGCUAAUGGAAAUCCCAAACCCAAAAUUAGCUGGUUAACAAAUGGUGUUCCAAUAGAAAUGGCUCCUGAUGAUCCCAGCAGAAAAAUAGAUGGUGAUACUAUCCUCUUUUCUGAUGUUCAAGAAAGCUCCAGUGCUGUUUAUCAAUGCAAUGCUUCAAAUGAAUAUGGAUACUUGCUGGCUAAUGCAUUUGUAAAUGUUUUGGCCGAGCCACCAAGGAUACUCACUGAUGCCAAUUUGCACUAUCAGGUCAUUACAGAUAGGCCUGCUAUGUUAGAUUGUGCUUUCUUUGGUUCUCCCAUUCCUACCUUCAAAUGGUUUAAGGGAACAAAAGGAAGUGUUCUUCAAGAGAACACAUACAUAUUUCAUGACAAUGGAACUUUGGAAAUUCCUGUGGCCCAGAAGGAUAGUGCAGGCACAUAUACAUGUGUAGUAAGAAACAAAUUAGGGAUGGCAAAAAAUGAUGUUCAUCUAGAAAUCAAAGAUCCAACCAGAAUCAUUAAACAUCCUGAAUAUAAAGUUGUACAGAGAGGUGGCAAAGUUUCCUUUGAAUGCAAAGUGAAACAUGAUCCAACUUUAAUAGCUACUCUCACAUGGCUGAAGGAUAAUGGUGAGCUGCCAAAUGAUGGAAGGUUCAGUAUCGAUAAUGAUCAUCUGGUUAUAAUGAACAUAAGUGAUGAAGAUGAUGCAACCUAUACUUGUGUAGCAAAUACAUCUUUGGACAUUGUUUCUGCAAGUGCUGUGCUUAGAGUUGUUGCUCCUGUUUACGAUCGUCCAAAUCCACCCUUUGAUUUGGAAUUGACAAGUCUCCUUGAAAGAAGUGUUCAACUGUCGUGGAUACCAGGAGAUGAAAACAAUAGCCCUAUUACAGAUUUCAUCAUUGAAUAUGAAGAUUCCUUGCACGAGCCAGGAAUAUGGCAUCACCACAGUGACGUUCCUGGAACACAAACAACAGCAGAGUUGAAACUUUCUCCUUACGUAAAAUAUUCUUUCCGUGUAAUUGCUGUCAACAGUAUUGGUAGAAGUCUUCCUAGUGAAGUAUCAGAAUAUUAUAUGACUAAAGCAGCAGAACCAGAAGAGAAUCCUACUGCUGUUGAAGGAAUAGGAUCAGAGCCUGAUAAUCUGGUGAUUACAUGGCAGCCAUUAAAAGGUUUUGAUUCUAAUGGACCUGGUCUUCAGUAUAAAGUCAGCUGGCGUCAGAAAGAUGGUGAUGAUGAGUGGACGUCUGUUGUAGUUGCAAACGUAUCCAAAUACAUUGUAUCAGGCACACCAACCUUUGUUCCAUAUUUGGUGAAAGUACAGGCACUAAAUGAUGUGGGAUUUGCUCCAGAGCCUGUGAUAAUCAUUGGGCAUUCUGGAGAGGACUUACCAAUGGUGGCUCCCAGCAAUGUGCAUGUGAAUGUGGUGAAUAGCACCUUGGCUGAAGUACACUGGGAGCCUGUACCCCCAAAAAGUAUUCGAGGACACUUGAAAGGCUAUCGGAUUUACUACUGGAAAGUGAAAAAUUCAUCUAAGAGGAACAAGCGUCAUGUUGAAAAAAAAAUCCUCACCUUCAAUGGCAACAAGACACAUGGCAUGUUGCCUGGCUUGGAGCCAUUUAGCCAUUACAUGCUGAAUGUUCGAGUUGUCAAUGGGAAAGGAGAGGGGCCUGCCAGUGUUGACCGAGUAUUUAAUACUCCAGAAGGAGUCCCCAGUGCUCCUCUUUUUCUGAAGAUCGUUAAUCCAACCCUUGAUUCACUAACUCUGGAAUGGGAUCCACCAAGUCAUCCAAAUGGUAUUUUGACAGCAUAUACCCUAAAGUUUCAGCCAAUUAACAGCACACAUGAAUUGGGUCCUUUGGUAGAUAUAAAAAUUCCAGCCAACAUGACAAGCCUAAUUUUAAGAAAUUUAAGUUACAACACACGCUAUAAGUUUUAUUUCUAUGCACAAACCUCAGCAGGAUCUGGAAGUCAAAUAACUGAGGAAGCUGUGACAACUGUGGAUGAAGGUAAGAUGGCUGGUGUUCACCCACCUGCUGUGGGUGCAGACAAAGAAAUCCAUUUUGCAACUUCUCCUGCUAUGCAUACUAGCCGUCCAACAUUCUAUAAGGUUCGACCAGUUAAUCCAAGGAUCCGAAAUGUUACCGCGGCUGCCGCUGAAACCUAUGCCAACAUCAGUUGGGAAUAUGAGGGACCAGAUCAUGUCCACUUUUAUGUUGAAUAUGGUGUAGCAGGGAGCAAAGAAGAAUGGAGAAAAGAAAUUGUAAAUGGUUCUCGGAGCUUCUUUGGGUUAAAGGGUCUCCUGCCAGGAACAUCUUACAAAGUUCGAGUUGGUGCUGAGGGGGACUCAGGUUUUGUGAGUUCUGAGGAUGUAUUUGAGACAGGUCCAGCAAUGGCAAGCCGGCAAGUGGACAUUGCUACUCAAGGCUGGUUCAUUGGUCUGAUGUGUGCUGUUGCUCUUCUCAUAUUGAUUUUGUUGAUCGUUUGCUUCAUCAGAAGAAACAAAGGUGGUAAAUAUCCAGUCAAAGAAAAAGAAGAUGCACAUGCUGAUCCAGAAAUUCAGCCUAUGAAGGAAGAUGAUGGAACUUUUGGAGAAUACAGGCUAUUUUCAUUUGUUUCUUCUGCACCCUUUUAAUGGAAUAUGUAGGUCUCUUGAAAGUGAUGCAGAGGAUCAUAAACCUUCAAAAAAGGGAAGUCGAACACCUUCAGACAGGACUGUGAAAAAGGAAGAUAGUGAUGAUAGUUUGGUUGACUAUGGAGAAGGGGUAAAUGGCCAGUUCAAUGAGGAUGGUUCUUUCAUUGGACAAUAUAGUGGUAAGAAAGAGAAAGAACCAGCAGAAGGAAAUGAAAGUUCUGAAGCUCCUUCUCCUGUCAAUGCCAUGAACUCCUUUGUUUAACCUUUAAAUUUACUGCCGACACACCCAUAUUCUCCAUGAUAUAUUUUUUAAAGCACUUGUAUGUCAGCUUUCUCACACUGUGAACAUGUAGGUAGAAAAGCUACUUUCUACUGUAUGUUUAUACUAUGAGACAGAUAGAUCAAACAUUUACACAAAUGAAUAACUCAGUAAAAGUGGUAUGUUAGUGUCAAUUGGAGUACAAAAUGCAGACUUUUCAUUCAAAAUGAAUAUUUUAAAAAAUUCUUCAGAACUGACAAAUAAUACAACUGAUAAUGUUAUUUCCUGGUGAAGAUACAGUACAAUGCAUGAAAAAUGCUACCACAUUUUACAGACAAACCUGUAUAUGUUAUUAAAACAGGGUUUGAUAUUUUGUAAUGCAGUCCUCGGCCGAAUCCCUAGAUAUGAAUUCCGUUUUCAUUGUUGAGAGUGUUAUUGUAGUAUUAUCUAGAACUUCAAUGUCUUUGUGGACAUUGUUGUGAAAUUGGUGACUUAAUGUCUAGCUGUCAUAAGUCUUCUUUCAAGACAAUUAGGAACCAUAUAUACAGUAUAGAAUUGCUAAAUGAGUGAAGUAUGACACUUGCAUUUGCUUACUGAGACUCUAUUACCUUCUCUUUGCUCCUAUUACCUUAUCGCCUUCUUAAUCUAUCAAGUAUUACAGCAGUACAGUGUUCUGUUUUUUAUACCGUCUAGACGGUGGAUUGUUUAGGCAAAAACAACAUGCAUUUCAAUGCCUUUUGAAAUCAGUACAGUCCUGAAGCGAAUUGAAAUCAAACCAUUAAAAAAAUGUUUUCAACAAACAAAAAUUCCAGAAAACACAGAGCAAGAUACAUUCAGUGCCUUCAUACAAUAUGCAUUCCAUAAUAUGCCAUCCUGCUAAAAUCAGUUGGCUCAAUAAAUGCUGAUCAGUUGACUACUAUCAUUGCCAAAAAAUAAAUAUAAGCACUUUUAAAAAAACAACCUAGAAGCAAUGAAACUUCUUGUGCUACGAAAUGGAAACACAGUUUUAAAGGCAUAAAGUACUGUGUAUUUUUGAAGGUUUGUUUUUGAGGAUUGAAAGAAAAGCUUCACAACCAACCAGAGCACAUAUCAUGAUUCUGCAGCCUUACACAGGUGACCCCCCCCCCCCAAAAGAAAAAACCCUCCAACAACAAAACAAUCAAAUUCAGCUAAGGAAGCAAGAGAUCAACUUGGUGGCAAAACAUCAACAAAAACAAUCUGUUUGCUCCAAAAGACCAUGACAUCAUGUCAACAGCUGUACAUGAUCCUUUAAAUCUUUACUUGACCCAUGUGGCAGCUUUUGAAACCAUGUGCGGCAUUAAGCAAUGUGUAUAUAAAUUGUUAUGGACAACUUCAGAAUCUGAGAACUUUGACAAGUGCUAAUAAGGCCUAGUGGUUAAAAGGAUUACAGUUAUUAGUUUCCAAAAAACAAAAAAAAAACAGCAUUCUCUCACAUUCAUGAACUCUAUAAUAGUUUACCUCCAAAUAUGAAAUUUUAUAACAACCUAUGGUUGAAGGAAUGCUCAGUUUCAUUUGCCAAUAAAUUGGUUUCUCAUAACUUGCAUCAAGUUUAAUUUUAAGUAAAGCUUUUUAUAUGUAGAUAUUUUGUUGAAUUUGUAAAUACACUUAAAGUGUAGAUGCUAUAUGCUUAUAGGUGUUACAUACAAAUAAACACUCAAAAUGUUUAUGUUGUACUGUGUAAGAAGUAUGAUAGCCAGUGGAGUGCAUGGGAUUUGAAAGCAUCUACUUAUACAUCUUUUUUUUUCCUUUUUUUUUUUUUUUUUUUUUUUUUUUUUUUUUUUUUUUUUUUUUGCUGUGAAACAAAUAGUGAACUAUUUAAUGUAUCAGCAAGAGAUUUUUAGAUAAAAUCUUCAGAGCUAAUACCUGUGAGGUACAAUAGGCCUUAGUCAUCUAGCCUUUUAUGUGUGUAGAUAAAGCACAGUCUGAAGGAAUCCCAAAUGAAGAUGGCCAUAUAUUCUUUCAUAGCACUGCAUUUGCUUCUCCCAAAUCAACUUUCGUAUUGAUAUUCAAAAAAAGACCAAAAAGUUAAGACCAGAUUGAUCAAAGAGCACAAAAAAAAAAUGUUACUGGGGAUUUACCAAGGUUCUUAGUAACAGAAGGAAAACAAGUACAAUUUUUACUCUUCUGUAAUGGUAGAUGCUAAAUUGAUCUGUGCAUGAAAGGGUCACUUCUGUAAUAGUGCAACAAAUUUUGUAAUUAAAAAUUAAAUGUGGUUUAAAAUUUC